UUAUAUUUGUUGAAAUAAUCUGAGACCUUCGAGAUCGGCGUGAGCGCUCAGGGCAUUACUUCACCUCCACAGCCAAAAGGACCUAAUAUUGUCGCAUCCAUACUACUGGCAAAGGGAGAACUCCUCCGAAGUAGAAAGACUCCGAUCAACAAGGUGAAAGAACCUGGGUCAUGUCUUCGACUGUGUUCAUCAACCUGGUGCGCUGCGGUCGUUCUCCGGUCGGACGCCGGGCUGCGUCUCUGACCGUGCGGUCCAUCCCAAACACCUCCUUCCGCUCCCCUCUGUCCUCUCCCCUGUGUCCUCUCUCCUCCCGUGGUGCGGCCAGGUUAUGCCGGAACAGAAGUACGCGGUUUGAUCCAGAUGGCAGUGGCCGGCCCACCCCCUGGGACAGCUUUGGCAUUUGGGACGACCGGAUAGAGGAACCCAUUCUGCUGCCCCCGAGUAUUCGAUACGGAAAACCAAUCCCACAGGUGAGUUUGUCCCGCGUGGGCAGUGCGUCUUUCCUGGGCCAGCGCCGGGUGAACGAGGACCGUCUCCAGGUGGGUCAGCUGUCUGACAACGUGGUGUACUUCGCCGUGUUUGAUGGUCAUGGGGGGGGACACGCUGCAGAAUACUGCGAGACCUACAUGGAAAAAUACAUCAGAGACGCCCUGCAACAGGAGGAGGAUCUGGAAAAGGCUCUGACCCUGGCCUUCCUAGAACUGGACAAAGGCCUUCUAACACACGUCAGCUACUUUGGCAAUGCCUCCUUCCUGACUGCAGGGACCACAGCAACGGUUGCCGUGUUACGUGAUGGUGUAGAGCUGGUGGUUGCUAGCGUGGGAGACAGCCGAGCAUUGCUAUGCAGGAAGGGGAGGGCCAGGAAACUCACGACAGACCAUACACCCGACAGGAAGGACGAGAGACAGAGGAUAAAACUGAGUGGAGGGUUUGUGACGUGGAACAGUUUGGGUCAGGCCAACGUUAACGGGAGGUUGGCAAUGACGCGGAGCAUCGGAGACUUUCACCUCAAGAACACGGGUGUCAUCGCCCUGCCAGAAACCCAACGGAUAAAUCUUCAACACCACCAUGACACAUUUCUAGCUCUGACCACAGACGGGAUCAACUUCAUCAUGAACGACCAGGAGAUCUGUGAUGUCAUCAACCAGUGCCACGACCCCACAGAGGCCGCAAACAUCAUUGCAGAACAGGCUCUACAGUAUGGUUCUGAGGACAACAGUACCAUUGUGGUGGUUCCGUUCGGUGCCUGGGGGAAACAGGAGAGCAGUCUGGCUGGAUACUCCAUGAGCCGAAACCUGGCAUCUAGUGGUCGCUGGUCCUAGAAGGGAGCAACACACACACACACACAAAGUGCUGAUGGACGCCAAAUAAAGACAAAUACUCUAAGAAUGUUAGCUUGUUAACAUAAGAUAUGUAUAGUGUGAGCCAAAAUAACGUUUUGAUACAUAUUUAUUGAAGUUUAUAAUGUACAUAUUGUAUAAAAUGAAAUGGUUGGCUUAA